CAGCGCUCAAGUAGGCUCUCUCGUUCUGAACAUGCUGGAAUUGUAAUCUGUAAUUGAAGAUUGAAGUUAUAGAAGUAACUUUUAAGACGUGCGGUACUGUUAGGCAUGCAGAGUGUUUUGAUCUUACUAAAGUGAUAUCUAAAGUGUUAGUAUUUGACUUUACGCCUAGUUAAGUUCUCAGUAUAUAGACCAAACAAUCGUGAAUCAAAACCUCGUACGAUUAUUGAAUUCAUCUAGGAAAAUUUCGUCCUUAGCCAAUUUGCAAAUGUCGGAUUCAGACUCAUCAUGCGAUGUACAAGAAAUCUUGGCCUGCCCUGGGUUGUAUGAAGAAAUUACACAUGAGAAGAAACAUGUGUAUAAUAAGUCAGCUCUAAUGAAUACUCUCAAUAGUAUUCGAAAAAAUCUCCCAUGGAUCGAGCGAUUAGAUGUCACAUGUAUGGCAGCUCCUGCUCAAAAAGAUUUAGAUUUGGAUGACUUACAACAUAUCGAUCCAGAUGAUGAUUUUAAACGUGAAAACUUUUUUUACCGUGUAGCUCAGGCAGCGGUGCUUAUAGCUAUACCUCAAUUACACGCUUUAGAUGUACCGACUAAACGACCAUCUGAUUACUUUGCAGAAAUGGUCAAAACAGAUGAUCACAUGACAAAGGUUAAAAAAUAUCUAAUUGAAACUAAACAAAAAUUAGCAUUACGUGAACGUGCUAGACAAAUAAGAGAACGACGUAAAUUUGGUAAACAAGUUCAACAGGCUGUUAAUCAAACACGUAAAGAAGAAAAACGUAAACUAACGGAAGCUGUAAAGAAUACAUGGAAAAAAACUGGAAUUAAUCGUGAAGAAAAACUAGAACAAAUAUUAAAUGAAUUUAAGAAAGAUUAUGAACCGAAAAAUGAUAAAUCCAACAUGAAAACAUCAUCAUCAAAGAGUUUUCAUACAGCAAAAGAUUAUGCAAAUCGACGAAAGUAAACAAGUGUUUUCUUUAUCUUAAGAUCUUUAUCAUGUUAGAUUAUGUUAGCAGAAAGAUAAUAGUGAUUAGUGGAGUUCAACUGGAUCGGUUGUGAGAUAGUAACUCACUGAGGACGAUGAUGGAUGUGUCACUCAAUUUUGUAGAUUCGUUGAGGUUUAUAUAUUAACACCGUUGGAUGUCGGCCAGCUCAGUGGUCUAAUUAUUAAGCGCUCGCGCGCGAGACCGAUAGGUCCUGGGUUCGAAUCUUGCGAGGCGGGAUCGUGGAUGGGUACUGCUGAGAAGUUACACGAUAGGACGAAACGGCCGUCCAGUUGAAUCCAUGAGUUCAUUAAAACUACACCACCAUGGAAAACUUGGAAGCACUGCACGACCGUUUCGUCCUAUUGUCGGACUCCUCAGCAGUAUGCACCCGGCUUCAAUUGAUUCAUGAAUUCAACUAUUUAAUUGUUAUCUUUCUGCUGACAUAAUCUAUCAGGAUAAAUUAGAAAAUUAAAGAUAACGGUUAUUUAAAAUGUAAAAAUGUUCUCUAAAUCUAAACAAAAUUUCCAUGUUCACCUGUUAUCGAUUAUUACAAUGUGCCAUUACCAUAGACAAAUAUCACUUACCAGCGCUAGGUACCACAACAGACAAUAUAAACAAUGGUAACGAUAUAUACCAGUCGAAUGGUGCUUCAUUUACCGGAAGGUUAUAUAUAUAUAUAUACAUAUAUCCCGUAAGUGGCCCUAUAAUAAAUAAUUAUUAUGAGUCAAUUGAAACUAGACCACCAUGGAAAACCUGGAAGCACUG